GAAAUGUCAACUGAGUUGGCUAUAUAUGUCAUUCUAGACAUGGAAUCCCCGAAUGGAAAAAUAUUAACUUUGACUGUUAUCAUGUCAAGUCGUGCUCACACAAAGUAAAAAUCUAUACUCUUUCAGAUUUACGGGUAAUAAUCUAUCCGGCGAUUUUGGAGUAAUGCUGAAACGUUUAAAGAUGCUCAAGUCUCGCAUUGUUACUGAUGUAGGUGAUGUCUGUCGUUUAACCUAACAGUUUGUGAAUAAUAUCAUUAGAAUCUCUAUUGUUACCCUGUGAAUUGAUCAUGCGAAGAGGUUGAUUAAAAAAUGGAUUAGAAAUAAGAUGUCGGACGAUCCAGUGACAGGGGACAGCACAUCUGCUGAACAUGCUCUCCAGAUUGCCUUUCAGACGAUGCAAGAAAGGUGUCAACAACUGGAGAAUCGUUUGGCUGCAGUUGAAGAGGAAAAUGUCAGAUUAAAAGUGGAGAAAGGAACAAAUUCCUCUCUUGAUGUUCUCAUUGUUGAUGUCAGCGAUGAAGAGGCCACAAUUCAACGUCUACAGGAAAAAGUCGAAGAAUUGACGAAACAGAAGUCCCAAUUGUCUCAUCAUAUUCUGAUGGUCGCUGCAGAAAAUCGUCAGCUCUGGAAUAGGUUGACACGUCUGACGCGAACAAAUAAAACAUUAGGAAGUAAAUUGAUUAAGAUAUCCGACACACUGAAACAACAUCCAGCAGGUCAAGCCUUGGAGACGUCGAAUUCCAGUAUAAAGGAUGUUCCAAAUGUGGUUGAGGCAUCUCAGAAUCCGGGGGGGACACAGGGCGAUGCCAGUCUCGAGGAAAUUUCUCUCAGACUCAUUAAUAGUAUUAUGAUGGAGAAGGUGGAGCUAGAUUCAGCAAGCAAAAAAGUUUGUCAAACAGGCACUCAAUUCGACUCUGAUGACAGCCUCAGAGAGGACGGUACCACCCAGACGAGUCUGCCAACUGCUGUGAGCUUAGAAUCCGGCAAAGUCGAAGGGCCUGUCAACCAAAUUCCCGAUGAUGUCCAAAUUUGUCCAAUGUGUGGAGCAUUCUUCGGAAAAUCAGUACCCUUUGAGAUUUUCCAUGAACACGUGCUCUCUCACUUUUCUACAGGAUCAGUCUCAAAUAGCGAAAUGUUACCAUAAUAACAAUUCAAUUCGAGAGCAACAAUUUCAGACAUCCGACGCUCGUCACAAAAUUAUAGAAAGAAGGGAAAGGAUGACCCAAAAUUCACCAUAAUUAGACCAUUUUUCAUCAUCCACAAGAAUUUCAGGAUUACCAUCAACUCAAUGAUGAUUCAUUACCCUUUUUUAUCCUAUUAACAAUUUCAAUAAUCUGUAGCAAUAAAAUAAACAAUGGAACUGUACUUUAAGAAAUUAA